AUGAGCUUCUCUAUUGAAGUCGCUGGCGAGGCCAAUCCGCUGAGCUUCGAAACUCUCUGUCGCGCACUCCUCGGAGCAUCCUCGACAGGUUAUGCACAACGGCAAGCCGCUGGGCAACAGCUUCUGUCUUGGGGCGAAAGGGGGCAACAAGGCUACUACGAGGCACUUCAGACUGCCUUCCUCGAUCGAUCUCUCCCUGUCGAUGCCCGCUUUCUCGCCGUCAUUCAGUUGAAGAAUGGUAUUGAUCGACUAUGGCGCGUGUAUGCCCUUACGAAAAAGGGCAUUGAUGCCAAGGAAAAGGCUUCGAUCCGCUCUCGUUUAUUCCAAGGCACGGUCGACGAGCCUGAUCGCAAGCUGGCCUUGCACAACGCUCUUGUCAUUGCCAAAAUUGUUCGAAUUGACUAUCCGACUGACUGGCCCGAUGCUCUUGCUAGUAUCAUCUCUCUUCUGCGCUCUUCUAAAAAUGGCAACCAGCGUCAUCUUCAUGGCUCCUUGGAAAUUCUUCUCCGAGUCGUAAAGGAGCUUGGCACCGCGCGCCUACGAAAAUCUCAGACCGCUCUUCAGUCCGUCACCCCCGAAAUUGUCUAUGUACUGUCUGAAAUCUACGCCGAAAAGUCCAAUAUCUGGGUUCCGUAUCUCUCUUCCGGACAAGGCAACGAAGAAGAGGCAAAUCUUGCUAUGCAGAACAGUCUGUCCGCACUUCGAACUCUCCGUCGCCUCGUCGUCGUUGGCUACGACCGCCCGCAUACCGAUUCAACUGUUGAGCAGUUCUGGAUGUUCUCUCAGAACCAGUUUGGCCAGCUUCUUACCUUUGUCAACGACAACAAUGCCUCAAACGAAAUGGUUGGCAAGCACCUUCUGCAGUUUACUAAACUGCAUAUCGAUAUGGCUGAACAACACGCCGCCAGCUUCGCAUUUUUACCCAAUUCACUACCCCUAGUUCGCGCAUACUGGGACUUGAUUGCCAAAUUUGCCGAGGUAUUUAAUACAUCUGGUGGCAUUCGCCAGAGUUUCAAUGAUGUCAAGGCAAAGUCGGAAGGGCCGCUGUCGGAAAGACUUGCCCUGAAGGGACUUUUGUUGUUGCGCGCAUGCGUUCGGGCUGCCUUUCAGCCCUUGCAGACAUUCAAAUACCACACCCCGGAGGUCAAAGACGAGCAAGACCGUGCACGCAAUAUCAUUAAGACUGAAUUGCUCAAGGAUGACCUCGUUGUUCAGAUUGUCAACUCCAUAAUCAGCCACCUGUUUGUGUUUCGCAAAUCUGACCUUGAAGCCUGGGAUGAGGAUCCUGAAGAUUGGGAGCAGCAGGAACAGAGCGAAGGAAAUGCCUACGAAUGGGAGGUGCGCCCCUGUGCUGAAAGGCUCUUCCUGGACCUUCUCACAAACCGCAAGCAGCUCAUUAUCCCCCCGUUAUUACAAUAUUUCCAAAGCGCUCAAAAUCCGCAAGCAGAUCUCGCCACUAAAGAGGCUGUCUAUACUGCUAUGGGUCUAGCCGCCGCCCAUGUCGUCAACUCUUUUGACUUUGAAUCCGUCUUAUCCUCAACUUUGAUAGGUGACGCACAGCAAUCGGGUGGUUUAUAUCGCGUUCUCAGGCGUCGAAUUGCCAUUUUGAUCAGUCAAUGGGCACCUAUCAAGCUCUCUGACCAGAGCAGACCGAUUGUGUAUCAAAUUUUCCGCCACUUCUUAAAUCCCGAAGAUGAGACCAACGACAUCGUUGUGCGAAUCACUGCCGCUCGACAGCUCCGCUGGAUCGCUGAUGAGCUGGAAUUCAACGUCGAGGCCUUUCUACCGCAUACUGCAGAUGUUUUAAGCCAGCUUGUUCAUCUUGUACAGCAUGUCGAGGUCGAUGAGACGAAACUUGCUAUUCUAGAAUCUAUUCGAAUUUUGGUAAUGCGGAUGGAGGAUCAGGUAACACAGUUCGGCGACCAGUUGAUGACUGCACUUCCCAAGGUGUGGGAGAACUCGGGGACGGAAGAGUACAUGAUCAAGCAACAUAUCAUUGCCAUAUUCGCUGCCUUAGUCAUGAGCAUGGGCAACAAGUCGCAACGCUAUCAUGGCUUCAUGAUGCCUCUCCUCGGAGAAGCAGCGAGGGAAGGCUCCGAUUUACACGUCCACCUUAUUGACGAAUCUCUAGAGCUUUGGAAUGCAAUUCUGGAACAAAGUAAGCCUCCUCUGACCAAAGAUGUCCUCAACCUUGCCGAUGCAGCUCUUCCUCUUCUGGAAUAUCAGCAGGACACGGCUUCCGUAGCCAUGUCAACCGUGGAGUCGUAUAUUCUACUGGCUCCUUCUGCUAUGCUUGAAGGUGACAUGCGCACAGCGACAUUGACUGCGUUAUCCAACUCUCUCAGCUCAAAGAGCAGAGGACAAGUUCGUGCUGCUACUGUGUGCAUCGAAAAUAUGAUUCGUGCCGCUGCUGACCUCGGAGGAUCCGACGGCAUCUCUGUCAUCAUUCGAGACAUGGUCAACAUUGGAUUUAUGCACGUCAUCAUGGGAAAUCUUCGCGAUGCUUGGGAAGCUCACCAGACGACUGGGCCGAAUAGGAGAGUCAGCAAGUUGAACACGGUGACCCAGGGAGAUUACUUGGCCAUUCUUGCGCGCCUAGCGGUGGCUGAGCCGUCACUCUUUGUGCAGCUGUUGGCGUCUUUCGGGGCUCUGGAUGAAGUGUGGAGUUGGUUGUCUAACGAGUGGUUCGCAUAUAUGCAUGACAUGGACAAUCUUUCGCGUCAGAAGCUUUAUCUACUAGGACUCACGCGCCUCCUAGAGCUUCCCUCCCCCAUGCAAGAGCUGGCUCUUGGUAGCCUGCAACAUUAUUUCGAUAUGUGGGCGAUGGUAUUGGCAGACCUGCAGGACGGCAUCCCAAACGGCCCCGACAUGUUAAUUGGAGACCUGGGAGACUUGGGGGAACCAACAGAGUACGAUAGCCCAAAGGCUAGCACGGAAAGGCAGAUGGUGGCCAGUGAUCCUGUCCACACCAUCCAAGCUUCGGCCUUUGUUCGAGAAAGACUGCAAGAUCUUGUGAGCCGCGUGGGUGGCGAAGCCGUCUUCCAGGAGCAUUGGGGCGCGAACGUGGACCGGGACAUUAUCACCAAGUUCCAGACCAUUGCCGGUCUGGGCCAGUAA